CUCUAUACGAGGCAGAAGCAGAAGCUCGACCAUGGUUGAGGUCCGGUGACUGCAUUUCCGUAUUUUCGUAAACCUUCGGUGGAGAAAUGUUUUUAUGGAAAUGUUGGUAAAUAUGGACCUUUGGAGACGGUUCUGUCCUUCGACUGAUUCUUUUCACUCGAACUUCUUUAUCCUGGUUCUGUUCUACGUAGUUAGGCCCACAGCAGGUGCGAUCAAGACGCCAUCGCCAAUCGACGUUGUGAUCGACCAAUCAAGGCUGAACUGGAACUCAACAGCAAGUGACGUGACGUUUACUGUCGAGUUUAAAAACAUUGAGUUUGAUUGGAUGCCCAUAGAGAUGUGCAGAAAGACACGCUCCACUUCCUGUGAUUUGAGUUUGGAGGAACGCGACAGCUGCAUUCGGCAUCGUGUUACAGCUUGGAGAAACGGGGUUGAAUCUGAGCCUGUGGAGGCCUGCAGCAGAGACGGCCAUGAAUGCUCUCCGAACUUCACUCUGACUGCAGCACCCGAAUCCCUCACAGUCAACCUGAAGAGAAACCACAAUCUGCAUGAGGACCAUGCAGACAUCAUGAAAUAUUCGAUCAAAUUAGGGAAAAAAGGGGAGCAACUGGAGAAUCCCAGAGUCACUUUGUCCUCAGAGUUAAUCGAUGGCUUGGAAGUGGGUGAGACGUACUGUGUGACGGUGCAGUUUUUACUUCAUUGGAAGGAAUACGGUCCAGCCAGCUGCAUGCAGUGUGAAACCAUCCCUAGCUCCAGUGGAUCAAAACAGACGCAGAUCAUCGUCAUCUGCUUCGUGGUUUUGGCGAUCGCUCUGUUAGUUGUUUUCGCUUACGUCCGCCUCUUCAGAUUCAAGAAAAUCAAAGAGAUCCUCCAGCCUCCGUACACAAUCCCAACAACUUUAAAGAAGCCGCUUUCGGGGAACAACUACUCGGUCGUGGCCAUGAGUCUCCCUGAGGAACAUUGCGACGUUGUUUCCGGUUUAACUCCAAUCCAUCCCAGAGGAGUCUGACCUUCACUUCCUGCUGAAAACUUUACAGAUUCAGUCUGUGAAUCUUCUUCUUUCAUGGAGGAGCGCUCCUCACUUGGUCCUGGCAGGUGAAACUGUUCCAGUCCGGAAAAUGGAGAAGGUUCUGUUGAAAACAGGCCUAAACUUUUUACUGUUGAUAUUUCUGGUAAAUACUGAAGCACUCAUUCAGAGGGACCAAAAGUGAGUAGAGGAGUCAGAAACUGUACCAGAGUGAGAGUAGCACUGCUUAAAAAUAUUUUAACUCAAGUAAAAGUAAAAAGUAGCCAUCCAAGAAAUGACUCAAGUAAGGGUAAAUAAGUAUUUAAUAAAAAGGCUGCUAAUUUAUUGAUCAGAAUAUCUGAUUUAAUAUUUAGAAAUGGAGGCAUCAGUCAAAAUCUAUAAAAAAAAGCAACUUAAUUCUGGAAUUUUAAGAACUCGGAUAAAAAAAAUUAAGUAAAAAAUACAUUUAAGCAGAUGAAACAUUUUACAUGUUUUUCUGUUUAAAGCUACUUCUAAAAGUUUUGUUUUCCUAAAAAGUUGCUCAAGUAAAUGUAACUAGCUGCUACCCAUCUGUGAUCCCAACAAAAAUCCUCACCAGUUAAAGUCCAGUCAACCCAGUAAGAAUCUGAUCAACUCUCUGAUUUUUAUAUCUAUAAAAUUAAGUUAUUUUUUCCUCUGAUGUCCCAAAGUGAGUCAGACCGAACCGUUUACAGUUCUUUGGUGGUUUUAAUGUUUUUGGCUAGUAGUUGUGCACGCUAACAGUUUUAUUAGCCACAGAGCAAUCACUGAAACUUCCUCAAAAGGAUCCAUCAAUCUCUGUACUCUCACCGAUUUAUGCUGCAUGCUUUUAGUUUGAAAGGCAGCGACCCGGAAGUAGGGCGCUCUCUGGACGUUUGACCUUCUCUUGUAUCUUCAUUUGACCAGAACGGUUACUACAAUCGAAACAAAAAGGAAAUAAUCCUUUGUCCCAGUGAUGCUGUGGUCCUGGAAAAUGGGGGUCGCUUAUUUUUUGUUUUUCUGAGUGUUAGCUGCCUGAUGACUUCCUCUUCCAGCAAACUACAAUGAGUGUUACUGGGAUGAGGAGGAUUCGAUCCCCGCAUGCCAUCUAAUCUCGCCAAAAUCGGAUUCAAGAAAAGGAAACCUGGAUCCAAAUUCAGCAGCCAGAAUGUGUUGAACUGUUUUCUGCGUUUAUAUAAAUCUGUGUUUAUCUGUGUGAUUUUGUCUUAUGUUUUUUGCUCAGGACGUUAUUUUUCUCCUCAUCGUGGUGCCUAACAAACUGAAACGGGACAAUUAAGCCUGUAUUCUUGUCUGCCACUGAACCCAGUAUCAUUAUGGUUCACUUUCUGAUUUCUUUGGCUUUAUAUUUGUCAUUAAAAAAAUGAAAUGUGGUGA